AUGAGGCCAAGUUCCUUGGCAGGACCUUUAGCUCAAUCGGUAGAGCGUUGUACUUAUGAGGUUAACCUACUUGCAUGCAAAUGUCCCGAGUUCGAUUCUCGGAAGGUCCACUUUUUAUUUCUGACAAUAGCAUCUUCUUGCAGCACAGCUAUCGUGACCCAAACAUUUUGCCUGCAAUUGUUCGGCACACAGGACUUCAAGAAGGGGCGAUGGCACUUAUUGCAAUCCCAAUAA